CCUGCUCCUGGUGUUAAUCAUUGGAUAAUAAGCAUUGAUCAGCAACCAGAAACUGAAAUCGAUAUUUCAGUAGCUCGUAUAAAGUUUGUAUCAAAUGUGGGUAUGAAUGAACAUUCAAAUAAUGAUAAUUAUAAGUCUAACAAGUCUGACGAGUCUGAGAA